AUGCGCGGUCGCCUUUGUGUGGGUCGAGCGGCGGCGGCGGCGGCAGCGGCGGCAGUGGCGGUCCCACUGGCAGGCGGGCAAGAAGAGAGUCCGGGCGGCGUCCGGCGUGGGAGCCGCGGGACCACCAUGGUCAAGAAGCGGAAAGGCCGUGUCGUCAUCGACUCGGAUACGGAGGACAGCGGCAGCGACGAGAACCUGGAUCAGGAGCUCUUGUCCCUGGCGAAGCGGAAGCGCAGUGACUCCGAGGAGAAGGAGCCACCCGUGAGCCAGCCUGCAGCCUCGUCAGACUCGGAGACGUCCGACAGUGACGAUGAGUGGACAUUUGGGAGCAAUAAAAAUAAGAAGAAAGGGAAAGCCAGAAAAAUAGAGAAGAAAGGAACCAUGAAGAAGCAAGCCAAUAAAACUGCCUCCUCAGGCAGCUCAGACAAAGACAGUUCAGCUGAGAGCUCGGCGCCUGAGGAAGGUGAAGUGUCAGAUUCUGACAGCAACAGCUCCUCUUCUAGCUCCGACUCAGACUCGUCCUCAGAGGAUGAAGAGUUCCAUGAUGGCUACGGAGAGGACCUCAUGGGAGACGAGGAAGACAGAGCUCGACUAGAACAGAUGACAGAGAAGGAGAGAGAGCAAGAACUGUUCAACCGCAUAGAGAAGCGGGAGGUGUUGAAAAGAAGGUUUGAAAUCAAGAAAAAACUAAAAACGGCCAAAAAAAAAGAAAAGAAAGAAAAAAAGAAAAAGCAAGAAGAGGAGCAGGAAAAGAAAAAGCUGACACAAAUUCAAGAAUCUCAGGUAACAUCCCACAACAAGGAACGACGUUCCAAACGGGAUGAGAAACUAGAUAAGAAGUCUCAAGCCAUGGAGGAGCUGAAAGCAGAGCGAGAGAAACGGAAGAACAGAACAGCUGAGCUCCUCGCCAAAAAACAGCCAUUAAAAACCAGUGAGGUGUACUCUGACGAUGAGGAGGAGGAAGAGGACGACAAAUCCAGUGAAAAGUCAGACCGCUCCUCCCGAACAUCCUCAUCCGACGAAGAAGAAGAGAAAGAAGAGAUCCCUCCAAAAUCACAGCCCGUCUCCCUCCCUGAGGAAUUGAAUCGGGUUCGAUUAUCACGGCAUAAGCUAGAGCGUUGGUGUCACAUGCCCUUCUUUGCAAAAACCGUCACAGGAUGUUUUGUACGGAUCGGCAUUGGAAACCACAACAGCAAACCAGUUUACCGGGUGGCUGAGAUCACAGGUGUGGUGGAAACUGCCAAAGUUUACCAGCUGGGUGGCACCAGGACGAACAAAGGGCUGCAGCUACGGCACGGCAAUGACCAGCGAGUGUUCCGACUAGAGUUUGUCUCAAACCAAGAAUUCACGGAGAGUGAGUUCAUGAAGUGGAAGGAGGCGAUGUUCUCUGCUGGCAUGCAGUUGCCCACUCUAGAUGAAAUUAAUAAGAAGGAGUUGUCUAUUAAAGAAGCUCUCAAUUAUAAAUUCAAUGAUCAAGACAUUGAAGAGAUUGUAAAAGAAAAAGAAAGAUUCAGAAAAGCUCCACCCAACUAUGCGAUGAAGAAGACUCAGCUGCUAAAGGAAAAAGCCAUGGCUGAGGACCUGGGGGAUCAGGACAAGGCCAAGCAAAUCCAAGACCAGCUGAAUGAGCUGGAGGAGCGCGCCGAGGCCCUGGACCGCCAGAGGACCAAGAACAUAUCUGCUAUCAGCUACAUCAACCAGCGGAACCGGGAGUGGAACAUCGUGGAGUCCGAGAAGGCCCUCGUGGCUGAAAGUCAUAACAUGAAAAACCAGCAGAUGGAUCCCUUCACCCGGCGGCAGUGUAAACCCACCAUCGUCUCCAAUUCCAGAGACCCGGCUGUACAAGCUGCCAUCUUAGCCCAGCUCAAUGCGAAAUACGGCUCCGGAGUGCUACCCGAUGCUCCCAAGGAAAUGAGCAAGGGUCAGGGGAAAGACAAGGAUUUGAAUUCUAAGUCAGCCAGUGACCUCUCAGAAGACCUGUUCAAAGUACAUGAUUUUGACGUGAAGAUUGAUCUACAGGUUCCCAGCUCAGAGUCAAAGGCUUUGGCCAUCACCUCCAAGGCCCCGCCAGCCAAGGACGGAGCGCCAAGGAGAUCUCUGAACUUAGAGGACUACAAAAAACGACGGGGGCUUAUUUGAGCGAGCCCAGCCUGCUGCCUCCAACCCUGCAUGCCCCGCCGGUGCCCCGCCCUCCUCGCCUCUUUGCCUUUGGUUUGCCCUCCGUGGGCUGGAGCAGCAGUGGAACUGGGAAGAGACUCGAAACUGCCAGGCAUCUGUAAUAUAAACCAUUCUCUGUAUAGACCUCCCUCGUCUCCACCACCCCUUGGCCCCAUCCAGUGUGGAGCUGGGCUGUCUUGGGUUUUCCAGGUCUUUAGAUUUGUGUUUUGCCGGUUUUGUUUUUCUUUCUUUUUUUUUUUUUUCCUUUUUGGUUUUCUGGUUUUGUUUUUCUUUAACCAGCCUUGUUCAUUGGCCACUCUGCACACGUUCAGUAUUACCGUGGAGCUGGGAUUCUUGCUGGACCCUGGUGGCGGUAGCAGCAGCACGGGACAGUCUCCCUCCAGACUGCCCGGGGCCCAGUCGGCCACUCGGCGCCUGACCCUCUCACGGGCACCGCAGCCCUCCCUCCCUGCCCUCCCCUUCUUUCCCUCUGCGGAAGAGGAGUUUUCAAAACCAGUUUAGUUUCCAAAAAGUGUACAUUUGUGGGGAGGGGUCUAAUUUGAGAGUGAGCGUGUGUGCGUGUGCGUGUGCGUGUGUGUGUGUGUGUGUAAGUGUGUGGAUUUUUUAUCAUUUUUUUUAAAUGCAGUACUCUUUGUAUCAGUCUGUCAUGGGUCUAUAGCUGUUUCAGAUUUUUUUCAGCUGUACUUGAGCAUCUGAAACUGCAAGAAAGAAACUCAUUAAAUGUGACUCUUCUUACUAAACAGGCCUGGCUGCUGUAGCUGUGUGACUCCCUCUCUGCCCCUCCCCCUCCGCCUCCCCCUGCCCCGCGGGCCCUGUCCCGGCAGGCGGGUGGGAGGGAAGCCCGGGGCCGGGCCCGGGAGGGCUCGCUCCUGGCCCGGGGCUUCUUGGUUGGACACCGAGUAUCUCUGGUCCCCACCCAGUGCAGCAGUCUCCUCCUCCCGACCGUUUCCAUGUUUUGGCAAGAAUAACAUGUCGUUUUGUUUUUAAGAUCAUGCAACAUGAAUGUGGAGAGCGAACACAAACAGAUUAGGUUGCAAAUGUCAGCAGCAUGAGCCGAGUGUGCAAAUCCAUGGUAAGCGUAGCGUUGUGCAGGAGGGUGAAGCCGGCAGAGGGGUGUGUGUCGUGGUAAGCUGACUGCUUGAUAAUCAUUCUCAGGUGUAAAGCUCCAAGUGUAAAUAAAAGUGGCAUUUAACAAAUCUUUUCAGAACAAAGUAUGACUGACUAUAUAUACCAAGAACUAAGCUAAAGAAACAGCUGAGAGCUGACUCCACAGGAGAGAGAGGAGGUUCUGCUCUCUACUCCGCUCUGCUUUUGUACAAGGAAGGGGGACGAUGGGAAAUCAUGAGUUCAGUUGUAUUUAAAACAUAAAAAUGAACUUGAUAGCUCUUUCGGGUUAAGUACAGCCUCAGUGUUGCUUUAACUUAGUUUACUUUUUUUUUUUUUUUUUACUUUCAAGGAAGCAGCAAUGGAUGGUUUUUUUAUUGUGACUGUAAAAUUGGUAAUUGCGACUGUAACACAGUUGGGCUGGGCACAGAACUGGUGAUGGACUCAUUAAAAAUCAUAUAUACUUGAAUAGUCCAUUGACCAAAGCUCUUUAUAGACUAUUGUGUAAAUGUGGAAUCACAGACUGUUAAAUAUUGCCGGGUCUCUGCCAGAGUCUUGGGGCUGCUGGAACCUCUCCUAUCAUGUCAAACAAACUUGGACUCCUUAGGCAUAAAGUCAUAGAAUCCAUAUGAUUUGUGGGCGUCAUUCUGACCCACUCUGUAGAUCUGUAUUUAGUAUCAUUUGGAUUUGGAAAAGUGUCGAUUACAUUAUGGCUGUGUAAUAAAAUUUUUAUUAAAACUGCA